ACAUCAAUUGAGGCCUCAGACGCGAUGCCUCUAUUCGCUCGCAAGCGCGCGAGCUCGCAGCCGCCGCUGCCCCGUGGGCCCCCUCCGAGUUCGUCGUCGGCCGCUAUAGCAGCGAGCGCCGCCUUUCUUAACAAGUCUCCGUCGGCCGCCUCGCUGUCCUCUGCCGCCGCCGCUCAAGCCCUUCGAUCCCUGACUUCGUCGCCGGAACCUGUGGGAUCCAUCCAGACCAAGCGCAUGGUCCGCAGAGGCUCCCAGUCGUCGGUAGCGAGUGGGGCUGUCAUGGGCGGAAACCCUAGANACAGCAUGGUCAGAACGACUAGUAACUCGUCCAUGACCGACCGAACUUUCCGAUCGCCCUCGCCUGGAGGCAGGCAAAGAGCCGUGUCGCCUGCACCCGAUGCGCCUCCAGUCCCUGCCAUUCCCAAGAACGUCAUGAAGUCACAGCGAAGGGCAGCCAGUCUUGACGUGCCCAAUCGUAUCAGCGUGCCCCAGAGCCCCAGUACACCCAGGAGCGCCAAGCGCAACACCAGUGUCGACAGAGCAGGCAGGACGCUCAACUUGCCUACAAUGCCCGAGUUGAAAAGAGAAGACAGCUCCGGUGUAAACUUCUCACGGCCCAUGAGCCCCAGUCGCGCCGUCUCUCCUCCGCCACGUCCAAAUUCGAGCGUCGGCUGGUUCACCUCGCCCAAUGUCAGCAACGGAACUCCUCGUGCAAAUCCCUCGCCUUCGCCCGCCAGACCCCAAUCCGCUCUUGGACUUUCUUCGCCAGCAGCCAGAAAAAUUCAACAAGACGUGCAGAACGCUGCCAAUGCGCCCGUCAAGAAGAACAAGAAGACCGUCACCGAAGGCGCGCGUCUUGCUAACGGUACUAUGAAUACAGCCCCUACCGGUUCUGCUGUGCGUAGCGCACCACAACAACCUGUGCAGACAAAAGCCGCGCUAUCCCAGCCUACCCCAACAGAGACGACGCCCAAAAAGAAGAAGAGAACAACAGUCGUGCCUCCCGUAGAUACCCAGGCCUCUAGAGNNGCUCGUCGCUCGCGCCCCACAGAUGCCUCCAACAGCCCAAGCUCCCCUCGUCCUACAAGCACUCUGCACAAACAACCAUCGAUGGUUCGCGAAGAUCCGGAAGCUGAAGCCACUGCUGAGGUUCAGUCAAAGCCCAAGCCAAAGUCUACUCCGAUCAAGACUCCGGCUUACGUUGCGCCUGGAGGCACACGUCCAAGAGCCGCCAGUCUAGAUGUGCCUAGAGGCUACGGUCAGCGCGCUGGCUCCGCUAGCCCUUCGCGCAAUGUACAUGCGCAUUUCGUCGAGGGCUCGUCACUAGUCACCCCCAUGAGUAUCAGACAUCAGCCUCCUCCUCGAUCUGUCUCGCCAAUGAAGUCGGCUCUUAGACAGUCUCCUGCUUCAUCCGUCAGGAAUAUAUCUCCCAACAUUGCCGCCAAUGGUAGAGCAAAAGCUCCUCCUAGCGAAACAUCCGACACUACCUCUUUGGCUUCCCAGGACGGUGUCAAGCCCGCCAAAGCAAAGAAGAGCGUUCGCAUCAGCGAAGAUGGCAAUGCUGCAGUCUCACCCGCUAUCGAUCCCAACGCACGAAGAGAGCUUUCAGGAUCAUGGGCGACCGACGACAUCAACGAAAUCAUGAAGCCACGAUCAGCGCUCCCAUCUUUCAGCAGCGUCAGGGGUCGCAAGCUUGAGCAGGCCGAGAAGCCUGAAAAGGUCACCGAGACCGUAUCGUCUAGCAUGACCAACAGUGCAAGCACUUUACCAGAUCAUCGCGAAGCUUCAAACGACCAGCUGGUGGGCGCCGUUCUUGCUCAGCACUACGCCCAGAAAGAUCGCAUGUUUGAUGACCAGACGACUCACAUCACAAACGAGCCCCUUCCUCCGCAAGUAACUAGCAAGGAAACGUCAGCCGACAUGUCGGACUCAGCCUAUUCUGAGGACGAGACGGAACCGCAUUCCCAGCCAUCUUCUCAGUCUGAGAACAUGAUUACCAAGGAUGAGACAGUAUUGUCUACCUAUGAGUCCAAGACCUCGGAACACAGUACAGAGGCCCCUGAAGNNAAAAACCCUAUCGAGACUGCUGUGCCAUCCCUUGCUCUGCAGCCCCCCACACCUGGCGCUGAAGAAGAGACUGAAUCUCCGCUUGAAGCUGCAGCUGUGCAGGCUGGUCAGAGACCCACGCUCAAGCAGCGCAAUAGUAUGCCUGGAUCUUGGGAUGGUGAAGAUAUGGAAGAGCACAAUAAGCCUGCCUCCCUCUCGAGGCAAGCUAUCCGUGAUGAAGCUCUCUUGUCCGAGAAUGACUCAAGCGAUGACGAGGCAGCGGUCCUCCAACCCGCUCAAACUACGAUUGAUGAACACUCGCCAGUGCUGCAACCCAUCUAUGAAUCGGAUUCUGAUCUGAGUGACGAUUUCGCAGAUGCUGAAGAAGACUUCCACCAUGGUGGUUUCGCUUCUCUCAAUGCCAUUGUCGAGAGCCCUGUGGUCAAGCCUGCAGCCGUUAUCCCUAGCCCUCCAAUCAGCCCACAAGCUGCACUUCCACCUUCGAGAGCUAUCAUGUCAGAUUCAUCUGUACUAACAGACGAGCAGCUCAUGACGACAGACAAUACUGACUGGAACUCUGCAACUGCGUACUGGAGCAGUUUGAGCAGGACGAAGAAGUUGGAGCUCGAAGCUGAAGCCGAGGCCGCGAUCGCCCCCCCUGUCGUCGAGUCUGCGCCCAAACCUAAAAAGAAGAGGCAGCCUGUCGAUCAGUUGGACAUAACAAAUCCCACUACCUUCGCACCGGCCCUGGUCGCAACCAGAGAUGAUCCGUUUGAGACUGACGAGCAGCAAGAGUCGCGUGCAGCUGCCAUGCGCAAGUCGAUGCGCACAUCUGGCGAGUCAGAGCGUACUUCGAGCGAAACCCAGAUGCGCAAGUCUAUGCGAGGUCCUCCUGCGCCUGCUGCUCCUUCGAACGAGACACAUAUGCGUACGUCUAUGCGUGCCGGUGGAUCAAUGCGCUCCGAGGGUUCUAUGAGAACCUCGAUGCGCGGAGAUUCUGGCGGUAAGCCUGCCUCUAAANAAGUGUCGGCUCCCGUCGCGACUAGCAUUCCUGGAGCAGGUUCGGCCGCUGCAGCAGCAGCCAAGUCGCAGCCUGCACAAAAGCCCACCAAGCCAGUUGUCGCUCCUCUCCCAGCUUACGAUUCAGACUCCGAAUCCAGCUUCAAGAAGAACAAGCGUCGUGGGUCGGUUUCGACUAUAGAUUCGGUUGGCAAGUACACUAUGAAGCGCUCAAUGCGCUCUGGUUCCGUAGAUGCUGGCCCUCCACCAGCUGAACGUGGACGAGCAAUCUCGCCGCCAGCUUCACCCGCAGCCAAAAACGGAAGUGGCAGAUUCAGCCUGCGCUCUCUCUCCCCAACGGGCUCCUUCAUGGGCCGCAAUCAGGGCGAGAAGAUCAGGCAGUCCUUGCGUGGGGCACCUGCAGAUGAUGCGCCCACGAUGCGUGGCAAGAACAGCAGAGCUUCGCGUGAUGCAAAGGCUCAAUCUGGCUUCAGCAUGUCUGGCUUUGGCAAAGGAAAGGCAGCACCUGCACCCACGCCAAAGGCAAAGUCCGGGGGCUUCAGAUCUCGUUUCGCGGACAGUGAUGAUGAAGAUGAUGCUCCUCGAGGCGCAUAUCGCAGCCGUUUCGCUGACUCUGACGAUGAAGAUUCUCCUAUCGGUCCUCCCAAGCAUAUGCCUGCCAAUCUCGCACCAGUCCGCGGUAUUCCCAAGCGUGGAGGCCAAGACUCUGAUUCAACCGAUCUCUCUGACUCUGAAGAUGGGGGUCGCAACGGAAAGAAGAAGACUGCUGGAAGAGCCAGCAACAAGCCCGCUGUACCCAGUCAAUCAGACAUAGAUGCAGCAAUGGAGGCUGCCAGACGUAACGUCGCUGCCAUGAAUGGAGGCCGCGAACCUGGUGUUCCUCAAGCACCUCCAGUGCCAGCAAGCAACACCACAGUGCCAGAAACACCCAUGACACCUACCAGACGCAAGGGUUUCCUCGGCAGCGUACUCCGCAGAAACAGCUCAUCCAUUGUGCCACAGUCACCGGUCGAUUCACAACACCCGCGCAGCCCCACUACAAUGCGCAGUCCCAAACAGCCCAAGCUGCAGAGGCGCACGACACCGCAGAACUGGCCUCUAGCUGCCGCACCCGCAAAUGGCGACGCUAGUAAUGAAUCCAGACCAACGACCAGCGACGGCGUGCCAGCCAUGAAGAAGAGCAUGCGACCAGACCUCAACAGACGCAGCAUGAGCGGCAACGACCUCAACAACAUGGCCAACGGAGGCGCCAUGCAAAGCGCCAGCUCCAAGAAGAAGAAGUUCUCGGGCUUGAGGAAGCUAUUCGGUCUGCACGACUAA